AUGCAGAAUAUUCCUACAGAUGCCAGAUGGACACAGAAUGGAGUGACCAUUGCUGGUGGCCGUGGGCGAGGUGAUGCACUUAAUCAGCUCAAUUCUCCUUGUGGACUCUUUGUGGAUGAUGAUCAAACGGUUUACAUCGCUGACACAAACAAUCACCGUAUCGUAGAAUGGAAGGCUGGUGCCAAAAGUGGUCAAGUAGUGGCCGGUGGGAACGGACCAGGAAACCGAUUGAAUCAGUUAAAUCAACCGACAGAUGUACUUGUAGACAAAGAGACUGACUGUCUAAUUAUUUGUGACAAUGGAAAUCAACGAGUGAUGCGAUGUUCUCGUCGAAAUCGUCUAAGUGGAGAAACUCUCAUCGAGAAUAUCGCUUGUUUCGGAUUGGCAAUGGACAGUCAGAGAUUUCUCUACGUCUCUGAUUGUUUUGACCAUGAAGUGAGACGAUAUCGAAUGGGAGAAACCAAUGGAACAGUAGUGGCCGGUGGUAAUGGACAAGGUAAUCAUCUGAACCAACUGAGUCGACCAACCUACGUCUUUGUUGAUCGAAGUUAUUCUGUCUAUGUUUCGGACUGGUACAAUCAUCGUGUGAUGAAGUGGGUAAAGGAUGCAAAAGAAGGGAUUGUUAUGAUUGGUUGUCGAGGUAAAGGCAAGUCUCUAACAGAAUGGUUGUAUCCAAGAGGAGUGUUUGUCGAUAAAUUGGACACAAUCUAUGUAGCAGAUUAUGCUCAUUGUCGAAUGAUGCGUUGGUACAGUGGAGCAACACAGGAAUAUGUGAUUGUUGGUGAAAGGGGCAUGGGACGAGAAGCAGACCAGUUAAACGGUCCUGAAGGUUUAUCAUUAGAUCGAUAUGGAAAUCUAUAUGUUGUCGACUACUGCAAUCAUCGAGUCCAACGAUUCUCAGUUAAAAAAUAA